UCCCUCUAUAUUUGUUCACGAAAAAAUGGAAAUAUAUCCUGAUCAUAUUUAUGGUGGAGUUCCCGUCUUCAAGCCGACGUGGGCUCAAUUCAAAGAUUUCAGAACUUUUGUCUCUGCGGUGAAAUCCUAUGGCUAUGAGUCCGUAGGUUAUUACGUCGUACGGAAUAUAGAAAGUGAACGGGACUAUACGGUCAAGGAAUGGGCCGAAUUGUGUGAAAGUUCGGAACAUGCAACACCGUUUCCAAAAUCAAAACAUUACCCAAAUUCGUCGGUAUCCGAUUAUUUGCCCUUAAGAAAAAAGAAGAAAAAUGCCGGAAAAUCGAACAAAAAAAAUCCUCUUAUCAAGCGUCACCAGGCUACCAGUUCGUCAACUUCAAAGACACCACCAGGAAAAAACAAUCUAAAU